AUGAGUUCCCAGCAGCAGAAGCAGCCCUGUACCCCACCCCCCCAAAUUCAGCAGCAUCAGGGGAUACAGCCCUGCCAGCCUCCACCCCAGGAGCCAUGUGCCCCCAAAACCAAGGAACCAUGCCAGCCCAAGGAACCAGAGCCCUGCCAGCCCAAGGUUCCUGAGCCCUGCCCCUCGACCAUCACUCCAGUGCCCGCUCAGCAGAAGACCAAACAGAAGUAA